AUUUAAAAUAUUGUCUUUUUUUAGCGUUUUUAGACCUAUGUAUAAUUAUGGCAGCAAAUUCCAGUGACAAUAAAUUUUCAAUAUCCUGGCACGACAGCGCUUGGAUACCAAUUUUAAAUGCAGACAAUGUGUUGGAUUAUUUUUGUCAACGAAGCAAUACAUUCUAUGAUAAAACAUGCAACAACGAACAUGUGAAAAUGCAACGGCUUGACCCUGGACAGUUACAAUACAUGACUGGUGUUGAAUAUGAACUCAUUCAUGCACAAGAUCCGAUUCUAUAUGUCAUCAAAAAGCAGAUGAGACAUUCACCAAAUCAAGUAACUCCUCUGGCAUUUUACUACGUCCUUGCUGGUGUUGUAUACCAAGCCCCAGAUGUUGGCUCUUUAAUAAAUUCGCGACUAUUAUCAACAGUUUGCAAACUCCAGUCUGCAUUUGCAGAAGCCCAGUCAUACUCGAGAUACAGCCCAUCAAAAGGAUAUUGGUGGCAGUUUAAAGAUGCACCAGCAGACGCUUUAAAAAAAGAAAAAAAGGCUAAUAAAGCUCUUGAAGCCAGUUCAGUGUUUCAACGUCAACGUGUGGAUCUACUUCUCGCUGGUUUUGCGCAAAAAUUCCCGCCAAAAACUGUCCAGCCAAGACAAGCGACUGGAGGUGAAGCAGAUGGAAUUACAAACGGAGAAAAUGGCGGCGCUGGUAAAAUGCAGGUAGACGAAACUUCACUGAAGAAUAGCAUGAAAGUCGAGUCGCCAGAGCAGGUACCAAUAGCUCAAAUGAUUGCGGCUUCAGCAGAAAGCAACGCUACAAAUAAACCAUUUGCACCCGUUGCGAAAAAGAAAAAGGAAUAGCGUUUGCUGAUGUUAAAAGCGUGGGAGGGUGUUCUCUAAUGCUUUGGCAGGUGUUUUCAAAUGCGCUGGAGGGUGUUCUGGAAUGCGUUAGAGAGUAUUCUUGAAUCCGUUAAAAAUUCUUCGCCAAUGUUGAAAGAUAUUUUAGAGAAGCUGUUGGAAUGUUUUCGUUUUCCAGAACAGUUUUGAAAUACCUGCUUAAUGGUGAAAGCAGGCUUGUGUGUUGGUUCAAUCUCUUCGAAUUGAACCCUUUUAAGAAUUUGAAUUGAAAUGAGACAACAACCUCAUAAGAAAACUUAUAACCUUCCUUAAGAAGAAAUCUGGUAUACAAAACACCAUGAAGAAAACGGUCGUGUUUAUGUUAAAUAGCUAUUGAUGUCUUAAAAUAAUUUAAUGUAUAUCUCUGCACCGCUGUAAUUAAUAUUUUAACAAUGAAGUUUUGACACUCAUUGGCUUAAAAUACGUGCCUACGUAUGUGGAGAGUGGAGUUGACUACGUGGUUGGAUUGCAAACGUUAAACGCAUUCAUUCUCUCAUAAAAUUAUUUAUACUAUGUAUGGUACUUGUGACCAGGUAAUUAUGUAAUAGUAAAGCCGUAAACACGAAAA